AUGGGAGCCCAGAAAAGCAUUCAUGCUGGCAAUGCUAAGAUCGACUUCAAUGUUGAUUUCACGAACAAACUGUGUUCUAAUUUGAUGUUUGAUCCUUUCAGAAAUGCUGGUGAAGAGAGUCCUCUUUCACUUGUUAUUGGAAGCCUCUGCAUCAAGCAUCCAAAUUUAUUUGGAAAGAGUGAGAAGCUUGUUUUCUUGUGGGACAAAGGGCUCUGUGAUUCCAACAUAAUGAUCACAUACCGUAAACCAAAGCCCGCAUGCCUCUCGCAACAUGCCUUCACCAUUCAGCACUCUAUUUCCCCAGAGUUAGGGAUUCAUGGCAUCCCAGUCGAUAACUUUUCCCGUUCGGGGGGAGGAGGUGUCAGUCUCUCUCGUACCUCUAUUGGUGUGGACCUGAGUGAGCUCUUGACUUCCAAUUUGAGCAGUAACACUAGUGCAAAGUUUGAGCAUGUCCGGCCCAUUAAUGAUGACGGUCGCUCUAUAAGCAGAGACAUUCAUGGCUUUCCGGUGACUUGCAGUGGUGGUUUUCAUGAUAACAUGCUAGUACUCAAACAAGAAUUUUGUUACACAAUGGAGAACAAUCGCAGUUUUACUCGAGUAAACGAAGAGAUUGCCGUCGAGAUCGCCGCCGCACGCGCCCACACGUGCCGCCGGAAGUUCACUGCUGCUGGGAGUAACUCGCGCGUGAGAGGGCGUGGAAGCUUCAUUUUCCGAUUGGUCAACGCCGUUGACUUCGCCGUGACGUCAGCUUUCUGGAUUGGUCAAGUUUGUUCGAUUCCGAGAAGAUUUGAUUUGCGAUAUCAAAUUACUCACCUCAUCAAGCAUCAUUUGCUUUCUUGUGUCCAGAACCCGAUGCUCAAAGGUGCUGUUUUCUUGGAUUGGGGAUCAGAUAUGAGCUCAGGCCGUCAUGUGCCUGGAAAUCCUGCUCUUAGGCAUGGUAAACCAGGAAGCGGGUUCGGUUUUGGAUAUGGUCUUCGGUUUAAAUCUCCUCUGGGGCACGUUCAAGUCGACUAUGCUUUCAACGCAAUUCAACAAAGGACAGUGUAUUUUGGGUUUAGCAAUAUGUCCUGA